AACAAGAGCAGGGAGAUACAGUAGAGACAUGGUAAUCUGGAACAGAGCUCCUUCACAACAAAGGAAACAGAACACUUAACUGGAUUUGUCUUAUUUUGGGGAGUUCUGUCCUGUGCCGCCCUAGUGCUGAAAUUAUGGACCACUAUUCAGACCAGGGUUGCGACGGGAUUGAGCUGCUUGAUUUGCUGUUUGAUCAAAACAAUGGCAUCCUCCGUCAUGAGGAGAUGGGACACCAUGACAACCAUGCCUGGCCAAUCCACGAGCCAAACGUGUGUCCAGCAGAGCAACAAAGCGAGGACUUCCUGAAUGCCCUCCUGAGUGGCAGUGGCUCAGUUUCGGGGUCCCCCCUGUGGUCUCCCUCUCCUAGUGACAGUGGCAUCAGUGAGGACCCGCACUCGGAUCAGAUGGACAGCCCCCAGCGCCCUGAGAGCCCUCCCAUGGAGCCCCACUUCAUCCCCCCUCAGCCACAAACCAAGGUCACCCUGGAUGCCAACUUCUCCAUUGAUAUCAAUGGCUGGGACUCAGGCUUCUACCCAGGCAGGACUGGGGGGACAGAGUGUUCCUCUGAUGCACACACAACCCAGCUGUCUUCUGGCUUCCCCCUCACUGUCAAGGACCUACUGCUCUCUGGCACAUCUGAUCCGCCCCCACAGCAUUCCCAACAGUCCUUCCAAGAGUUGAUUCUUAAUGAGGAUGAGAAAAAACUGCUGGCCAAGGAGGGGGUGACUCUGCCUAGCCAAUUACCUCUCACAAAGUAUGAGGAGAGGAUUCUGAAGAAAAUUCGCAGAAAGAUCCGGAAUAAGCAGUCGGCUCAGGAGAGCAGGAAGAAGAAAAAGGAAUAUAUUGAUGGUCUGGAGAGCAGGAUGGCUGCCUGCAACACAAACAACCAGGAGCUCCAGAGGAAAGUGUUCCAGCUGGAGAAAUGCAAUACGUCUCUGAUGGGGCAGCUGCACAGGCUGCAGACUCUGGUCAUGGGCGGCUCCAAAAAGACCGCCCAGACUGGGACUUGUGUCCUGGUACUGCUCCUGUCCUUCUCCAUCAUCCACUUCCCCAGCCUGAACCCUUUUGCCAAGGUCAGCCAAGGAGGGGACUUCAGCCCAGUGAGGGUCCAGUCACGGUCCCUGCACAACCUCCAGUCCUCCAGAGUGCUACAUGUGAUUGACCAGCUGUACCAAACUGCAGACGACAAGGCCAAGCCUCCAGACAACCAUGUCCUGGGAGACCAGGGUGUGGAUGCGAUUAUGUCUCUGCUGGGAAAACUGGGCACUGGUCACGGCAGCCAAGGACUGCCCAAUUUUGACCCCAUGUCUCAAAAUAAUAGCAUGGACGAGCAAGUCCAUUUCCAGGGAGACCCCAUUACUGGCCAUAUAGCUACAGUGACUUGGAAUCCACACCGCAGAGCCACACUACGCCCACAUGCUGAUGACAUGUGAUUUGGAGAGAGUAUUCCCAGCAGGAUUUCUCUGUUCUGCUCCCAUCUCCACACUUCAUAUCAUGAAACAGAGUAGCACACGCCUAAGGCUCUUGUUUACACUAUGAGUUGGGGAAUAAUAAAUACAUUAUUUUGCCUGUUAUAUUUUAUUCUGUGUGUGUGUGUGUGUGUAUAUCCUUUUUUUUCUUGUUUUGUUAUUCUGUUUUGUAUUGUUUUAAAUGCGGAAGACACAUUUCAGUUGCACAACUGACUAGGUAUCCCCCUUUCCCUUAUUUGACCAAGUUGACCUGAAUGACUUGUGUGUGCAUGUCUGCAGACGCACAUCUCAACGAUUGUUUGUGUCAAUCGUUAUCUGCCGUGGUGCCUCUCAUCUCUCAGCCUUUAAUCAUGGGGAGAGUAGCUCAGCGACCAGCAUUUUUAAUCAGCUUCUCUGUGACCCAUUUUGAUUGUCCAUCUUCCACCAGCAUAGUGGGAUAUGACCAGUGGUAGGAGAACUCUAAGUCAGACCCUGAGAGAUGGACAAAAAAAAAGGACACAGUCAAAGAGAUGUCCUUGUUUUCACUUGUUUAAAGGGGCAAUCCAGGAUUGAAGCAUACAUUUUUGGACUUUUAAAUGAACAUUACCAUUGAUUAUUUCAGAAUUGAAUUUAUAAAUGCUUCACGAGAUUAUUUCAACUCCCUUAACCCAUCAGGACCCAAAAUAUAAGCUUGUUUUUACAUCAUUCAAACACUGUGUAGAUUCUCAUGAAUGGUCAGUCCAUGCAUCAAUAGCUCCUUGCGUCAAUAGUUCUGUCUAUGAAUUGGUGAGUGGUUACAUUACUCCAGCCCCAUCCCUCAGCUGUUUACCAAAACAAGUGGCAAAUCCCAGAUUGCCCCUUUAAUCCUGCAAAUUUCUUUUCUGUUUUAAAGUGCAUUGCUGAACCAGAUAAACUCAGUGCUUGUAUUAAACUCCAUGAACAGCUA